CCACGACACCUCUUAUACUCCACCACCGCCCCAUCUACACCCGCACCCUCACUCGCACGACCCAGCUGCACAUCUGUCGCUGCAAGUCCCGGCCGCUGUCUGCACACCCGCACGCCCUCCUACCAUCAUGGAUGUCAACCAGGUGUUGGAGGGGACUCUCUCUCCAGAUGCCACGAUUCGCACAAAUGCCGAAUUGCAGCUCACCUCAGCCGCUGAAACUGAUUUUUCCGCCUACCUGACCGUCCUCGCAACUGAGCUCGCCAACGAGCACGCUCAACCUCACAUCCGAAGCGCCGCGGCACUUGCCCUCAAGAACUCCUUUUCCGCGCGAGAGUACACCCGCCUACGUCAGGUCCAGGAACGAUGGCUCAACCAAGUAGACCCCAAUGUGAAGGCCCAGGUCAAGGCCACGGCUUUGAAGACGCUCUCGGCGGGCAACAACCAGGUUGGCGGCCAGACUGCCCAGUUCAUCGCGUCCAUUGCCGCCAUAGAGCUUCCCCGCCAGAUGUGGCCGGAGCUCAUGCAAACGCUGGUCAGCAAUGUUGGGGAAGGCUCCGAUCACCAGAAGCAGGCCUCUCUGACUACAAUUGGCUAUAUCUGCGACACGGACGAUCAAGAUCUUCGGGACAGCCUCGCACAGCACUCCAACGCAAUCCUGACCGCUGUUGUCCAGGGUGCGCGGAAAGAGGAGGCCAACGAAGAGGUCCGGAGCGCGGCCAUCACGGCUCUCAGCGACUCUCUCGAGUUUGUCCGGACCAAUUUCGAGAACGAAGGCGAGCGAAAUUACAUUAUGCAAGUCAUCUGUGAGGCUACGCAAGCCACCGACCCUCGUAUCCAGCAAGGCGCGUACGGCUGCCUCAACAGAAUCAUGAGCCUGUACUACGACAAAAUGCGCUUCUACAUGGAGAAGGCGCUUUUCGGGCUCACAAUUCAAGGCAUGAAGCACGAUGAGGAAGACGUUGCCAAGCUCGCUGUUGAAUUCUGGUGCACCGUCUGCGAAGAAGAAAUCUCUAUCGAGGACGACAAUCAACAAGCCCAAGCGGAAGGCUCCACCGAGUUAAGGGAGUAUUUCAACUUUGCUAGAGUCGCCACCCAGGAAGUUGUCCCAGUCCUUCUGGAGCUCCUUGCUAAGCAGGACGAGGACGCGGCUGAUGAUGAGUACAACGUCUCAAGAGCUGCGUACCAGUGUUUGCAACUUUGGGCGCAGACCGUGGGCAGUGCCGUUGUGCCGCCGGUCCUUGCUUUUGUGGAGAAGAACCUACGGUCUGAAGACUGGCAUUUCCGUGAUGCUGCCGUUUCUGCUUUCGGUGCCAUUAUGGAAGGUCCAGAGCUGUCCAUGUUGGAUCCCCUCGUUAAGCAAGCUUUACCUGUUCUCAUUGGCAUGAUGGACGACCAGGUAAUCCAGGUCAAGGAUUCAGCAGCUUACGCACUGGGCCGUAUCUGCGAAGUUACAGCCGAGUCUAUCGACGCAUCCACUCAUCUUCAGCCUUUGAUUGCCUCUCUAUUUGGCGGCUUGUCGAGCCAUCCAAAGAUGGCAUCGUCCUGCUGCUGGGCUCUCAUGAACCUCGCAGAUCGAUUUGCCGGCGAGCCUGGGUGCGAUAGCAACGCACUGUCACCGCAUUUCCAGGCCAGCGUCACUCACAUUCUUCAAGUCACUGAACGACAUGACGCCGAUAAUCAGCUUCGUACUGCCGCUUAUGAAGUCCUCAACGCCUUCGUUACAAAUGCCGCGAACGAUAGCGUAGGAAUUGUCGCCGGCUUGUCCGAUGUCGUUUUGGAACGUCUAGAGAAGACUAUCCAACUCCAAGCUCAGGUGGUUAGUGUUGAGGACAAGUUGACCCUAGAGGAGAUGCAGACAAGUUUGACAAGCGUCGUAAUGGCAAUCGUACAGCGACUAGAGACUGAGAUUAGGCCACAAGCUGACCGAAUCAUGGGAGUUCUGCUUCAACUGCUUUCUUCUCUUGGUGCGAAAUCUAGCGUUCCUGACACCGUGUUUGCGGCUAUUGGAGCACUUGCAAAUGCUCUAGAGGAUGAUUUCAUCAAGUACAUGGACGCUUUCACCCCGUUCCUGUACAACGCCCUCGGCAACCAGGAAGAGCCCGCGUUGUGCUCUAUGGCCAUUGGCCUUGUCAGCGAUAUCACCCGAUCGCUAGGCGAGAAGGUCCAACCGUGGUGCGAUGCAUUUAUGAACUACCUCUUGAACAAUCUCCGGAGCCAACAACUCGGCAAUACGUUCAAGCCGGCUAUUCUCCAGUGCUUCGGCGAUAUCGCACAGGCCAUUGGUGGACACUUCGAAACAUAUCUUCCAGUUGUUGCCCAAGUGCUUCAACAGGCUGCGGGUGUUCCAAUGACCCCAGACAUCAGCUACGAGAUGUUGGACUACGUUGUGUCGCUCAGAGAAGGCAUAAUGGAUGCUUGGGAUGGUGCGAUCGUGGCUAUGAAGAGCAGUGGGAAGACGCAAUUGCUGGCUCCUUGGGUGACGGCCAUCUUUGAGCUCCUACAUACGGUCUACACGGACUCUAGCCGUUCGCAGGCUCUCUUGCGAUCCUCUUUGGGAGUCGUCGGUGACCUUGCCGAUGCUUUCCCUCACGGCGAAUUUGCGGAAUUGUACCGCGCUGACUGGCUGACGGCCAUGGCUAGAGAGGUUCGCGCCAAUCGUGAAUUCCAGCCUCGAACGCAAGACACGGCUCGUUGGGCUCGUGAGCAGAUAAAGCGCCAAAUCGGCGGUAACGCAGGCCAGAUGGCUUGAGUAAUCCAUCCCUCCUCCAUAUCCAUACCCGGCGUCAGGGCCUCAAGUGGCACAGGUUCAGGAAAACCAUAGACAGCGCGAUGAUCAAAUCCAACCUAGUUUCAUGAUCAUCGUGUAAGCUCUGGCAUGUCUAGGAUUUGUCUUACAGACAUAUCAACUUGGUUUUGCUAA